AUGGCUAUUGAAAUACCGGCAUCUACUGCUGGUUACAUCAUUGCUACUUCCUGCCAUGACGUCAUCGAGGACCAACACUGGCUCACCAGCUCUUACAUCCUCUUUGCUGUUCCCUACUUCGUCUAUGAUAUCUACGCCAUGUUCAUGUGCUACCGGCACAAGCAGCAGGUCAAGGGUCAUGAGGGGUCAGGAGUCGGCUCUGCGUUGCUCAGCUACCUGCGCAAGGAGUUCAUGAUGGUGCUGCACCACGUCGUCAUGGUGACCGUCUGUUUCCCCGUCUCCGUGUUCUGGAGGCAGGGGAAGGGAGAUUUCUUCCAGGGCUGCAUGUUCCUGGCUGAGCUCAGCACCCCCUCCGUGUGCCUGGGCAAGAUCCUGAUCCAGUAUAAGAAGCAGCACACCCUCCUUCACAAGGUGAACGGGGCCCUGAUGCUGCUGACGUUCUUCGGCUGCCGGAUCCUGCUGUUCCCCUACAUGUACUGGGCGUAUGCGCGCCACGCGGGGCUCCCCCUGCACAGCGUUCCUCUAGCCAUCCCGCUGUACUACAACCUGGGGGCCGCCCUGCUCAUGGCCCCCCAGGUCUACUGGUUCUCUUUGAUCUGCAGGGGCGCCUUCCGCCUCUUCAAGAGGGGCGCAGGGGGCACCCCCAAACCCAGGGAGGUGAAAGAGGAGAGGGACAGGAACGGUCACGUCUCAGAAAAGGGGUACAGUCCUAUAGAGCAGGGGUCAGUCAUCACGUGGUCAUGA